AUGCCCGCGGCCCCGCCGCAGAUGGAGCGCGGCCGCCGCGCCCGCCCGCCCGUGCCGCUCGUGUACGUGAACAGCUUCGGCUCGCACCGCUGCGGCACCGUGAUCCGCCUGGGCCGGGGCUGGCGGCAGAGCCCCGGGCAGAGCCUCCCGGGCCGGGCUGGGGCCCCGAGGGCCGCCCCGGAGCCGCGGACCGGGAGCAGUCCUGGGCCGGGCGGCAGCGGCGGCGAGGCGAGAGCCGGCAGCCGCACCAGCAGCGGUGACCCUCGAGAGGCUAAGGCUGACACCUUUGACUUUCCCAUCCCUUCAAGAAACGUUGAUAAAGUCAUUAAACGAAAGAAGAAAAAGUCCAAAGUCUGGCACAAAGUCUGGAAAGUGAUUUCAAAAAUGCUUGAGGAAAAUGAAAGGUUCAGAAGUCGACUGUUGACCUGCAGCCAGUUUGAUGGAGAAGGCUCUGACAGGAUCCAGAGGUCACAGAAUGGGGCAUACCUGGACAGGGAUGAGUCCAUCUUUGGCUGGGUGUAGCAAGGAAAUAAAGGAAGAUUCAGCCCCAAAGGAAAUAUAAACAAAGUGAAAGCUUUUAUUUUGAUCUAGUUCUUCCUGGAGUCAGUGCAAGUCUGCAAAGUGACUUCAGGGAACACAGGUUCUCUGUUGUUUGCUUGGUGUUUGUGCUUCUGCUGUUUAAGAGGUUUGUUUUUACAGUGGCUUAAACAGCUCUGUUGCAAGAUAUUUAUCUCAAGCCAUUAACUCUAGUGUUUCACUGAGCUAUUAGUUUUAGAAAGCUUUUUAAUGAGCAUAAUAUUGUGACAGUUUACUUGCAAAAGAAAAGAUACACAUUUACUGUUGUCUCUGUAUUUAUAUCUUUUAUUUUUGUAGCUUGUCAGAAUAAUAAACACAAAUUCAGGAAGGCAGAACUCCACAAAAGACAUAAACCCCACUUUCCUUUUUUCCUGGUUUGCAUAAAUUUGACUUUAUGAUAUUAACAUAUUACACAAUAACCCUCUCUGUUCUUUCAUCCAUUUAUACAUGAAUCUCAGCAAGUAUUUGGAAUAUGAAACCAGGUGAAUGUUUUCUCUCUCUGUUCAUCCUGAGGCACAUAAUGGUACCAUCACAAUCAGGAGGUGUUGUUUAUCUACCUGACUUCAAGAACACAAUAUAAUUUUCUUCUGUUCUGCAGCUUAAUGCUUGAACCCUUGAUUGACUGUUAAAGCCUUUUAAGCCAGAAAAUUGUGUAAAUGGAACAUG